CCACCGGGAACUCCUGCAUGCUCGUUCAAUAUAUACCACCGCGGUUCAUAGGUAGACCAAGUCUCACUCGUAUGUCUCAUAUUGGCGUCUAUACCAUCUGAGGUGCGCGUCAUCGCAUGGCAGCUGACAGGCUUCAGCCGGGAAAGUCCAGUACACCAAGGACACAGUCCGACGCUACGCGCCAUCGCGGAAUUAAUCUGAUGCUCAGCAUGUCGGCUCACCACAGUCAGCGACCCGACUCGAGGGCUUCGACCACCAGCGUCACUACACAGCAGGAUGACUCGCUGCUGCAGUCGCUGUCGCAAGACAGCAAGCCCGUCCAGCUGCCAUUCACAACACAAGGGCCCGAGGCUGCACUACUACAGUACCAGGCCAGCAUCGCGCCUGCUCCACACAUGAUGCAAUACAGUCAGGCUCCCAUGCAAAACAUGGGUCAGAGAAUGGCACUGGCACACGCGCAGCCUCAUCCACACCCGCUGCAGAUGCAGCAGUCGGCAUACGAUGGAUCAUUUCUCCAGCAGGAUCUCAGCCAGGCGGAUCUGUCACAGCAAGACAUGGCAUUCGUUCACAUGCGCAUGGGCUCGGCUCCGAUCCCAAUGGCCAUGGAUCUGCAUGAGGAGAAGCGCAAAAAGGGCUCCGCCGUCACCGCGACUAAUGACAAGGAAUUGCGCGAGAUGCUCUCCCGCAACGAAGGACGUCCAUUGAAGGACGUCGCACAGGAGGUCAUUCAGAAGGAGCGAACGCCAAUGGCAGAGAAGACGAAGCAGCUCUUUGCCAUGUUAUGGCUCCGCGCCGUCUGCAAGCCAGCAAAGACUUCAGUGCCUCGGAAUCGCGUCUACUCCCAGUACGCGAACCGAUGUGGUACCGAACGCGUUGUCCCAUUGAACCCAGCAUCAUUCGGCAAGCUGGUGCGCGUCAUCUUUCCAGGCAUACAAACGCGUCGAUUGGGUGUCCGUGGUGAAAGUAAAUACCAUUAUGUUGAUUUAGCAUUGGGUGAGGAGCAAAUCACGGCAUUGCAAUCUUCGUGGCAAAAUCUAGGCCAAUCGAUGGACGGACGACAAAGCGCAAUGUCAAACCACAGCAAUCAGCUCGACUUCAACAACAUUCCGCGGUUACAAGCAGAUGCUGGGUUUUCUGCAGUCGAUACCUCCUUCGAUACCACCGGACUCUUUCCGUCCACUCCUCGCGGACCGGCUUCGCAGAGUAAAACUUUCGUUUACCCGCAAUCUCGCGGCAUGCAGGCUGGUACUGCAGAGGCAUCGACAUAUUCACGUACACUGCGAUUCCCCUCCAGUAAUAUGCCUGCCUUCGAAGGGAACGACCCAGUCGACCUGCCAUCUAUUCAACCAUAUCUUCCUCCUCGGACCGACAUCGACACAGCCGAAGCUCUUUCCGCACUCUACCGUACUCACUGCAUAUCUCUCAUCGACAGCAUCAGAUUCUGCAAGGAGAAACAGUUCUUCCGCUUGUACAUGUCUUUCCAUGGCACCUUGACGGUCCCGGUUCAAAAGCUUUUCACGCAUCCCAAUGUUGCCCCAUGGAUCGAGCAGUGCGAUCUGGUCAUGUACCGCACCAUGAUUCGUUUCGUCAGCCGAUUGACCUUACAAGCCGCCCCUGUACGCGUCAUCAACACUCUCUCCAACAUCUCUGCCAGCUUGCACGACCACAUCGCCAAAACCUUCGCGACACACCCGACACACGUCAUUGAGGCGAAGGUCAAGCCCGCCACGGUUUUUGCUGGCCUUCUUUACCGUUUGAUCAGGGUCAAUCAAUCCGCGCACGCCGCUGCCAACUUGCUCACGAUCGACCAAAACCGCGAGCAAAUGUGGCACGAGUGGGCCACCAUGGUCAACCCCAAGCGUGUCAUGGAAGCAGAGCUACCUGACUGCGGCUAUGAAGAAGUUCACCGCAUCAUGACCACUGAGAUGCGCAACCUGCUCGAGCCCCUUCAAGCACCAGCCUUGCAAGACGACGCCUCUCUUUACAGCUUCGACCAGGAUACGAACGUCUUCGGAUCAUUCCUCCCUACUCAGAACACACAAACUCGGACUGGCUCAUCCCAGGUCUCUACCGAAAACGUCCUCGAUCGAUGGUCCACUUUCCUCAUGUCGCUUCCUGGCCGGUUCCCCAACGCCUCGGCGAGGACGGUUUUACAUUGCAUCUCGGCAGUGGGCACCGCUGCACUGCGUGACAUUACCAUCAUGAGCGGUCUAUCGUACGGCCAUUGGUGGGUGCUGAAGAUCUUUGUGGACGAGAUGGCCCUCUGGAUGGCGGAGAUGGGUGGAUUCCUGGAACCCUCUGGAAGCGGCGCCCCAAACGCGGUAGUCAACGGCGGUGGUAACGUUAUCAGCGCGUUCCAAUCUCCCGCCCUGGAUGCUGGGAACAACGGCACGCGCAGCAACACUGGUAGCCGCUUGGGGAGUGCCGAUCACGACCAAAGCGCAAGAAACCCGUUCACGACCGACACGACGUCAUCGACACAGCAAACACAGCAGCAGCAGCUUCAACAGUAUCCGUCACAAAAUCAACAUCAGCUUCAACAGCAACAGCAACAGCAACAACAAAUGCAGCAAGCAUCGCGCUUACAACAGCAGCAGCAGCAACGACAGCAGCAGCAAAACGCAAACCACGACUUCGUCCACCAACAACAACAACAAUUCCAAGCUGCCCUCCAACAACAACAACAACAACAAUCCCAACAGCAGCAGCAGCAGCAAUUCCCCACCCUCCACUUCGCCUCCCAACCCAUCCUCACCAAACAACAACCGCAACAGCAACAACCAGAAGCCGACAUCGACGACAGCGGCAUCGGCCUCUCCCUCAUGGACGACGAAGACGCCCUCCAGGAACUCUCGAAAUUCAACGCCUCCGCCGCCGCCGCCUCGGCCCUGGGACAUGUCCAUCACAGUCACCAUGCGUUGAACGCCUUGGCUGACAUGUCCUGCUGAGAUUCUCGAUAGAGACAAACCGAGGGGAGAAUAGAGGGAGAGACAGGCAAUAUACAAGACAUGUGGGAUGGACGAAGAGCAGGGAAGGAAAGCGGUUAAUCAUUACUAAUAACGAAGCGAGACGAUGAACGACGGAACGACGAACGACGAAACUAUUCCGUCAAAGAGGUGGAGGAGGAGGGCGAUCACCGCACUAAUGUUUUAUUUUUCUGAAGUCGGAGAGAAGAGAGAGCUGGGCAGGAGCAC